AAUAGAUUCGUAUGUAGGUCACCCAUCUUCUGAAAAUUUCCCCACCGGCCUCGAUCUCACCGGAAACCCUUCCCUCGCCGCCGGGGCCGGCGCCAUGCUGCGCCUCCGGAGCUGCAUCCUCACCAACCUCCUCUCUUCUCCCACUGCCUCUCCCAUCUCCUCUCUCCGCCGCCUCCUCUCAGCCGCCGCGGCCGCGCCUGCCGUUUCCACGAGCCCUAGCUUCGCCGUGGAGGACUACCUCGUCGACACCUGCGGCCUCACCCGAGCCCAGGCGCUCAAGGCCUCCACGAAGCUCUCCCACCUCAAGUCUCCCUCCAAGCCCGACGCCGUCGUCGCCUUCCUCGCCGGCCUUGGCUUCUCCAGCGCCGAUCUCGCCGCCGCCGUCGCCAAGAACCCAAAGUUGCUCUGCGCCAGCGUGGACAGAACCCUGGCCCCCAUGGUCGCCGAGCUCACUGCCCUCGGUCUAUCCCGUUCUGAGAUUGCCCGCCUCUUCUUGCUCGCCAGCGUCAACUUGUACCUUAAAUCCAUCGUCUCCAAGCUGCAGUACUACCUGCCCCUCCUCGGCUCCCCCGAGAACCUUCUCCGGGCGAUCAAACGCCGCGCCUACCUUCUCUUGUCUGAUCUCGAAAGGGUGAUCAAGCCCAAUGUGGCGUUCCUGCGGGAGCGUGGGGUGGUUGAUUCUGAUAUUGCCAAGCUGUGCAUCAGAGCACCGUGGAUUCUCAGCAUCAACCCACAGCAUUUCCGGGACAUGGUGGAAUGGGCCGAAGGUAUAGGUGUGCCCCGCAGCUCUGGGAUGUUCUUGGAAGCGCUGGAGUCUGUUGCAUUCCUCAGCGAAGAGAAGAUCGCCGCACAAGUAGAGUACUUGAAGAAGGCGUUCAGGUGGUCGGAUGCCGAGGCACGCAUUGCUAUUUCUAAGGCUCCAAUCUUGCUGAGGAGGUCUAAGGACAUGCUGCAGAGUAGGGCUGAGUUCCUCAUCUCCGAGGCGGGGCUGGAACCGUCCUACAUUGCUCAUCGGCCGACUUUGCUCGGUUACAGCCUGGGGGGCAGGAGCAGACCCAGGUACUAUGUUGUAAAGUUUCUCAAGGCAAAUGGAUUGCUAGAUCUCGACCGAGACUACUAUAGUACAGUCAUGAUCAGCGAGAAGAUAUUCCUGGAGAAGUACAUAUGCCCUCACAAGGAAGCUGCACCACACCUCGCCGAAGACUAUGCUGCCGCUUGCAAAGGGGAAGUGCCGACUAGAUUAAAAUUUACAUGAAUAAAGAACAGCCUAUGAAAAUUGGUAACUACGUAUUAGAGUUUUCACUAUGCCUAGUAGGCUUGUAAAACAUUAGUGUUCUUGCCUAACUGGAUGUUUGUUGUCUGCUAUAGUAUAUCUGUUACAAUCUUGAUGCAAUCACCUGAUGAAACUAAUAAUUUCACUCAUGUGUCCUGAUAUCCUCAUGUCAUCACUCAGUAGAGAAGAAAGCAUGGCAUGGUUAUGUGCUUGUUCAUCCUGAAAAUUUAUGAGAUUAACUGUUGUCAGCAGUUCAUGGUUUA